GACCGGGGGCGGGGCCGGCGACUCCGCAGAGCGGGUCAGAUCACUGUCCGCAGCUCGCCGCAGCGGGCGCUCUCCGGCGAGAGUACUGGGAUCUUCAAUGGCAGGAGAAAGAGUAACCAGGAGACCGAGAUGAAUUUUAACACUAUUCUAGAAGAGAUUCUUAUUAAAAGAUCACAGCAGAAAAAGAAGACGUCACCCCUAAACUACAAAGAGAGGCUUUUCGUACUUACAAAGUCCAUGUUAACCUACUAUGAAGGUCGAGCAGAGAAAAAAUACAGAAAAGGAUUUAUUGAUAUUUCCAAAAUCAAAUGUGUGGAAAUAGUGAAGAAUGAUGACACUGUCAUUCCCUGUCAAAAUAAGUAUCCAUUUCAGGUUGUCCACGAUGCAAAUACGCUUUAUAUUUUUGCACCUAGUGCCCAUAGCAGGGACCAGUGGGUGAAGAAAUUAAAAGAAGAAAUAAAGAACAACAAUAAUAUUAUGAUUAAAUAUCACCCUAAAUUCUGGGCAGACGGAAGCUAUCAGUGUUGCAGACAGACUGAAAAACUAGCUCCUGGAUGUGAAAAAUACAACCUUUUUGAAAGUAGCAUAAGAAAAGCACUACCUCCAGCACCAGAAACAAAGAAGCGGAGGCCUCCCCCACCAGUUCCGCCUGAAGAAGAAGAUAACGGAGAGGAAAUAGUUGUGGCAAUGUAUGAUUUCCACGCGACGGAAGCACAUGAUCUGCGCCUAGAGAGAGGCCAGGAGUACAUCAUCCUAGAGAAGAACGAUGUUCAUUGGUGGAGAGCGAGAGAUAAAUACGGGAGUGAAGGAUAUAUCCCAAGUAAUUAUGUAACAGGAAAGAAAUCAAACAAUUUAGAUCAAUAUGAAUGGUACUGCAGAAAUAUGAACAGGAGCAAGGCAGAGCAACUCCUCAGAAGUGAAGAUAAAGAAGGUGGUUUUAUGGUAAGGGACUCCAGUCAACCAGGCUUAUACACAGUGUCCCUUUAUACGAAGUUUGGAGGAGAAAGUUCAUCAGGUUUCAGGCAUUAUCAUAUAAAGGAAACCACAACGUCUCCAAAGAAGUAUUACCUAGCAGAAAAGCAUGCUUUUGCUUCAAUUCCUGAGAUUAUUGAAUAUCAUAAGCACAAUGCAGCAGGACUUGUCACCAGGCUGCGAUACCCAGUUAGUACCAAGGGGAAGAACGCACCAACCACUGCAGGAUUCAGCUACGAGAAGUGGGAGAUUAACCCUUCAGAGCUGACCUUCAUGCGGGAGCUGGGCAGUGGGCUCUUCGGAGUGGUGAGGCUUGGCAAGUGGCGAGCCCAGUACAAAGUAGCCAUCAAAGCUAUUAGGGAGGGCGCCAUGUGUGAGGAGGACUUCAUAGAAGAAGCUAAAGUGAUGAUGAAACUGACACACCCGAAGUUAGUCCAGCUUUACGGCGUUUGCACCCAGCAGAAACCCAUCUACAUCGUCACCGAGUUCAUGGAGCGGGGCUGCCUUCUGAACUUCCUCCGGCAGAGACAAGGUCAUUUCAGCAGAGACAUGCUGCUGAGCAUGUGUCAGGAUGUGUGUGAAGGGAUGGAGUACCUGGAGAGAAACAGCUUCAUCCACAGAGACCUGGCUGCCAGGAAUUGUCUAGUGAAUGAUGCGGGAGUUGUGAAAGUAUCGGAUUUUGGAAUGGCCAGGUAUGUUCUGGAUGAUCAGUACACAAGUUCUUCCGGUGCUAAGUUUCCUGUGAAGUGGUGUCCACCUGAAGUGUUUAAUUAUAGCCGCUUCAGCAGCAAAUCGGACGUUUGGUCCUUUGGUGUGUUAAUGUGGGAAGUGUUCACCGAAGGCAGGAUGCCCUUUGAAAAAAACACCAAUUAUGAAGUGGUAACCAUGGUUACCCGUGGCCACCGACUCUUCCGGCCAAAGCUGGCAUCCAAAUACAUCUAUGACAUGAUGCUGAGAUGUUGGCAGGAGAAACCAGAAGGAAGGCCUUCCUUUGAAGAACUGCUGCGCGCCAUAGACGAACUAGUCGAAUGUGAAGAAAGCUUUGGAAGAUAGCGGCACUGGGACCCGUGGCGCCCAGACUCAAAGCACAGGAGGAAGCGUCCUGAGUGGCCAGCCUUCCUUAGCACCUGGCGUGCCGAUUAUCUGACUUAGAAGUGGAAACACCUAAAGCGUGUGCUUCAAGACCAACCCUAGCUCGGAGACGGGAUCUUCCGGAUCGCAGAAACGCUGUGUAGAGCGAGAUGAACAGCAGUCACUUCUCUUCACUGCUCAGGUGCUCGAGUGCUGACUGUGGGCUGGGCACCGUGCCCAGGCCACAGGUUUGCCUCUUGGAGGGGUGCACGUGGGACCGUGCUAGCUGGUGCCACAGGAGGCCAGAGUGUGUGGGAAGGGGAAGGUAUUAGACCCAUAUUCCCGCAACUCCUUUCUUCCCUUCGACUUUCCAGAAAGCUGGGCCCAUGGCGUAGUCUAGAACUGGGUUCUAGGUGAAUCAGGAGCCUGCCUUGGAUAGGUGCCAUCUUUUAUUUCGAAAACAUCUGUUUUCAAGACUGCUAUUAAAAAUAUUUCU